UUCAAAUGUCAUUGAAAAAAAACUAAAUAACAAUUUCCUAACCUAAUUUCCAAGUUUUGUAUUCAUAUUACUUGAAGAAAUAUGUAUUUCGUUGAAAAAUAUUGCUAAUCACGUUAAAAAACAAUUUGGUACGAUAAAUUUGCUAUAUUAGAAUUGUGGAAUUUGAGAAGUUACUUUGAUCCCAUUUUGACAGAUUGACACUAUUCAUGAUAAAAAUACAAAAUUACCUACCUACAUAUUUUUCAAUAAAUUUGUAGUCAUUUGUUUGCAAGGAAAUUAGAAAAUAAAUAUUGGAUAACCUAGAUUGUCUACCAGAACCAUUAGAGUGGCUGCAAGUUUCAUGGAGACAAAGUGAUGUGCCAUCAACAUCAUUGGCACUUCAUCAGUGGUGAUUCUCAAGUGAUAUGUCAUGGACAACCAGCAAUUCAUAUCUAGUCCAUUGAGUUGUUCCAGGUGCAAAUGAUGUCGGCUGUCAGCGGGGAGCCCAUGUUGCGUCGUGUGAAGCAAGAAGCUGAACACCCCCCCCAGUACCCCACACCCGAACCUCAGCCGCACAUCCUGCACCAACGGCCUAUGCAGAUCAUGCAAGAGCAGCAACUAGAAAUCGAGACGAAAGAGGAUGUGAAAUUCUGCGUGUCCUCCGGAGAUGGCACCAUCGGGGGCAACACCAGCCCUGAACAGCAACAUUGUUCGUCUACCACAGCUGCAGCAGCCGCAGGAACAGCUGAUGAUGAUGCUCCUAGGAGGCUAUGCCUUGUCUGUGGAGACGUGGCUUCAGGAUUUCACUAUGGCGUUGCUAGCUGUGAAGCGUGCAAAGCUUUCUUUAAGAGAACUAUUCAGGGCAACAUAGAAUACACAUGCCCGGCGUCAAAUGAGUGCGAGAUAAACAAGCGGCGGCGCAAGGCGUGCCAAGCGUGCCGCUUCCGCAAGUGUCUGCGCACGGGCAUGCUGCGCGAGGGCGUGCGGCUGGACCGCGUGCGCGGUGGGCGGCAGAAGUACCGCCGGGCGCCCGACCAGCUGCAGACACAGCGACCGCAACUCGACGAUAUUAAGGUGUUGGAAGUCCUCACGUCGUACGAGCCGGAGUUGUUCAGUUGCGCAGCGCUGCCGGCCGGGGUCACUGACCCCACGGCCAAGACCCUGCACCUGUUGGCUGAUCUGUACGACAGGGAGCUGGUCGAAGUCAUCGGGUGGGCCAAACUGCUGCCAGGAUUUACUGAGUUACAUCUUAAUGACCAGAUGCGGUUGCUUCAAAGCACAUGGGCGGAGAUGCUGAGCCUCAUGACAGCGUACCGCAGUAUGGGGGGGGGCGCGCCGCUCCGCCUCCGCUUCGCUUCCGACAUGUCGCUCGACGAGCAGCAGAUGAGGGACAUUGGGGCUCACAGUCUUUACACACAUGUGGCGGGCGUGGCGCGGCGGCUGGAGGCGGCGGCGGCGCUCCGCGAGGAGUGCUACCUGCUGAAGGCGCUGGCGCUCGCCAACUCCGAGGCGCGCAUCGACGAGCACGCGGCGCUGCGGCGCUUCCGCGACUCCAUCCUGCUGGCGCUCAACGACGCCGUCGCCGUGCUCAGGCCCUACAACGCCAACGCGACUCUACAGCAGCUGCUGCUGGUCCUGCCCGCGCUGCGGCACGCGGACGUGGCCGUGCGCCGCUUCUGGUCCGGCGUCCACCGCGAGCGGCGCACUCACAUGAACAAACUGUUCGUGGAAAUGCUCGAAGCUGGCUUGCGGUAGGUUGUUCACACGGUUUGACAAUCACCUAUCUCGUGGUACGAGGAUUGUGAAGUCGCGAUGUCGAACGAUAUCUCGUGGUACGAGGAUUGUGAGGUCGCAAUAUCGGACGAUAUCUCGUGGUAGAAAGACUGUUGAAAUGUUAUAGAACGAUGUCUCGUAGUACGGGUUGCCGUUGAGGACACUGUGCGGCGAAUCUUAAUUUUUUGAGGUUGUUUUGCACCAGAUGGCAGCGCUUGUUUAAAGACAAAGGAAACUAUAGACGUUGGCGGACAUGAAAUAGACUUAGAAAAUCAUUAUACAAAAUGAGGGACAAAAAAUUUAUGAAAUAAACCUGUCCUUUUUGUAUGACAAUGGAAAAUGUCUAUAGUUUAUCUAUGUAAGUUUAACUGAUUUAGGAUCUGCGUAUCCUAACGCCCUCUGGUGGUAUAUUCGUCCUUGCGUGUAGACUUUAAAGUGGUUAAGUUGAACAAACUUUGAAGAUAUGCUGUGCCGGUGUUGUAAAGCUAUGAUGUACCUUCGACAGGCGCCAUGUUGGCUAAAAAUCUAUCGAGUACGAAACUAAUGAAAAUUAUUAAAAAAAAAAAACUAAUUGUGAUUAAAUAUAUUAUUGUUUGGAAGUAAAUUAGGAGUUAGUCUCGUGAUAUAAUUUUAUAGAAUAAUAAUGUUAUAAAAUUCCGUUUCAAACUUGAUAGUUGGAUGUAAAUAUUGAGUAUAGCCAAUAUGGCGCGCGCAGAUGUCGGGACGCGACCUUCUCACACAUAUCACUUCAAAUAAAUAUAGGCUACUUGUUUGUGGUGUGUAAAAAAAAAUUACAUUAUGAUUUACGUAGUACGUUAUUACUAUUUUUUGUGCUAAUAAGAUGCGGUGACCACUUUACAUCAGAUGGGCCGCCCUCGCCUGAUGGUAAAUGGUCGCAGCAUAUGGACGCAUAGCAGUACCUGGGUUGUCACACCUGCGUUGUCUACUUUACAGUCUGCCAAGAAAGUGCAGAAAACGGAUUUUUAACGAAUUAAAUUUUUACCAUUGCAAUACCAAAUACAAUGGUCAAGAUUGGUUGAUAAACACCCAGUGUUGCCGGCCAACAGGAGACAACGCCCUCAUUUAAUUUGUACACUUUUUGACUGUAUUUCUGGUAUCAGAUGUAUUAUUUAAUUCUUAUAUGAGUCACGAAUACGGCCAAUUGGCAUUUGACAAUUGACGCGUAACAGUCUACCAGUGUGCAGUUAGGAGAUGUGAACAAAAAAUAAAAGUGUUAGCAACAACGCACUCGAUACGAUGAUGUUCCACCACAAGCAACUACCUUAUUGCUUGUCCUACUUUUAACUACUAGUCUGCAUUUAAAGAGUGGAUGUAUUACAAUGGCUGUGAAAGCAAAUGAUCUUAUUUCGGAACGAAGUCGCGCCCCGCGUCGGCAAUGUACAAAUUUCGAUGUACCUAGUACAAAACUUUUUACAUUUUUGUAUAAGAUUAAAGAAAUAUAUCUAGUUUUACUGAGGUAAGGGCCGAGAUUAGUAUGGUCGAGGAAACUAUCUAUGGCAUAGACAAGUGAAGGUUAUCGCUCUCUGUGGAUCUUAGAGGCUGCUUUUAAAAUUCGCUGUUGCGAAGCAACCUAGUGUAGUAAGCUAUCAGUAUCAGCCGAAUGAGGGUAAACGCUAGCGAAUUCGCCGCUAGAGGCGCUGGUGUGGUGAAACAUUAGUUUUCAAACAUAUUUUUGGACGACAACCAUCACUUUUCUAUGAUCCGUGGACGAAGACUGCGCAUAGAUUGAUUUGAAAAAUCGAAAAUCAGGUUCUAUUUAGUUUUAAAAUGGCGUCGUAACGUUGACCGCCACCUUGUUAUGUUAAUGUAUUUUCAUUUACUAAUUUAAUAUCGAUUAAUAUACCCGAAUGGGUAAUAAGGUUUAUUUAAUAUUUUACACUAAGUAUAGGAAUAUUUGGCGGCGGAUAGUUUUAUAAAAGUGUAAAUAGUUUACGUCCGUUUUCAAAAUCGUUACAUUUUUUAUUGAAGGUACAAUGAUAAGUACAAAAAAUUAUAUUAUUAUAGUUUGUAGUAAUUGUUGUCAAUUAAUUUUAUACAAUGUUUAUACCAUAGACAAGACGGCCGCAAACAAUCUAGAAUUAUAUGUUUUAUUAUAUCUAUAAGCUAUUUGAUUGAAAUUUUAUACGACAUCACAAUUUUUAUUAAAUGUGGAGAUUAUAUGUAAAAUAAAUUGUGAAUUUACGUGACAGGUUGAUAGAAUAUAUAAAGUUAGUAUAGAUUUUGAACACGGGCGAUAGAAAUAGGAUCUCAUAUUCGCCAGUUGUGUGUAGUGUAGCAUUAUAGGUAUGAGCUUACUAAGGCAACAACAAAAACUUGGAUUUUUUGAGUUUUGAAAAUAAGAAAAUACAUUGCAACCGACAAGAAAACUAAUUUCAGUAGAACUAUACUUUGGCAAUAUCAUAGUGUCUUACAAUGGUAAAAAUAUCAAAUGUUGAUUGCUAAAUUAUAAGUAACUGGUUGACUUGAUAUAUAAUGUUUCCAGCCUAAAACCCCCAUUAAUUAAAACAUUUUCGGUACCCGUAGUUGCCGACCUAGAAAAAGCUUUCAUUUUCUACUAUUUCUACCAUUUUUUGUCUCACUAAAACCUAUUUUCGUGUGUUGAUUUUCGAAAAUGAUUUUUAUUAUGAGAUCAUGCGAAAAUAGCUCUGACUGGACAGCUAUGUUGGUCCCUUUUUCUCCGACCGUAUGCAAUGUUUUGUGUUCAUUUGGUUCGGUUGUCGCGAGACUGGGAGGUGAUGCAGCUUUGAUUAAAUAUUACGUUAAAAAAAAUCAUGGUGCCUACUUGAUUUUUACGGUAGACAUAUUUCUAUGUUUUAUAAAUUCAUUUGUUGAUUUUUUUGCUAAAAUAGUUUUCAAAUAUAUUGUCCGCCAUUUAUGAUUGAAGAUUAAUUAGGUAUUUUCUUUCUGUUAAUUGCGCUACACGCAGUGUACCUAAUUUUAUAUUUAUAAAUAUUUGAAAAACUGCGUAGUUAAUAUUUUCAAUUGGCUACUUUCCAAUGUGAAGUUUGUAUGACAGUAAUGUAUUAUGACGUCACGAUUUAUGGAGUCAAAAUGCAUUGAUACUUUUAUGAUAAUAAAUAAAAAUCAAUAACAGUGACAUUUAAACAAUGUGUCUGGCUAUUUUAAUACCGUUAUGUAUUUAUUUUUUUACAGGACAAUUAGCCAAUUCUGACAUUACAAGCUGCAUCAACUUCUAGACAUUUAAAAUUAUUUUUAGUUUAAUUUUGCUGAUACCAUAUUUUGUUUAGAAUAAAGACCCUGUUUCUAUGCAUAGAUAUAUUUUGUACAACUGUUCUACUGAACAAGUAGUGUUAAGUGUUGCCAUGCUAACGUAAUGUACCUACAAUAUUGUUAAUACAGAUUAUAUAUAUAUAUAUAUCACUUAAAUUAUAUGUACAGAAACUUAAGUAAAACUUGUCAAAAAAAGAUAAUGGUUGAUAUAAAAGUUGCCAGAGAUAAAAAAUAUUUUCCAAUGGUCCGAUUAAGAUGAUGACAUUUUAAAGUUUUUUGGACAAGGUGUUGAAUAUACAAUGGGACAGAAUACCUCUAUAACCUGUUACCAAGCAGAAUAUCACAGAAAAAUAUAUUUAUUGUAUAAAAACCUAAUUUAUCGUAAGAUAAUAUUGGAAAUAGGGAGUUUACUACACGAUGUGAAUUCGCGCCAUCUCUUUCACGUCUAUAAGAGGGCAAGAGAUGCCGCGGAGUUAUUUUAAGAUAGGGAAACCUGACUACAGUUUGAAAUUCCAGUGAGUUUUAUAGAGUUUGUUUCAUGAAGCUCCAGAUAAAAGUGAAUACAAAUUUUUUAACACCUACUUCGUACAUAUACGUUUUUUGGAUGAGAUGGUUAUUUAGAUAAUAUUUUUUUUUAGAAUGUAGGUGUUUAAACUUGUCCUCAGUUAAUUUAUCUUCGGCUCCAAGGUUAUGUAGUUAUUCUUAUGUUAAGAAUAUUUACGUUAUCUAGUUAAGUGGUUAUAAACUGUACAUGGCAGUAGUUGGUGUGUAUUGUAUUGUACAGAAAUUAUGUGCCAGUUAGUAUAAGUCCUACUCGUUAUCUAGCGGUUUUGUUACGGUGCUUGUUGUACUAUAGAUUAUUUGCAAUGUUUCUUUAAUUUUUACGAUGAUAAUGAAAAUGUCCAAAUUUUAUGGGCAAGUUGAAAUAAAUGCAGUUUUUAAUUUU